GACUCCUUACUAGGUGUGGUUUAGCUCAAGCAUGAAUACGCUCCUUCUGCUCAUGCAACGCCCCUGCAACCACAGCGAGACAGACUUCUCCCCUCUGAGGCCUCUCGACGGAACCAAUACGCCCAACAUGUCUUUCAUCCAAGCCUUCUUGCAGCAGACGGUCUAUCUGGGCAUGCCCGAUGAGUCACUCCUCAAGAACGAGGGAACAGUCACCGCUGCAUCCAACUUCAACCCCGGCGAAGAUGCUCGAGUCUUGGAAAAAGCCAUCAAGACUAAAGGCGUAGAUGAGAACACCAUCAUCGAAGUUCUGGUCCGAAGGAGCAAUGACCAGAGACAGCAAAUCAGAGAGGCGUACCAACAGGCCACUGGGAAGCCCCUGGAAACAGAACUGAAAAAAGCUCUGAAAGGAGAUCUGGAGGAAGUGGUGCUGGCUCUGCUGAAAACACCAUCCCAGUACGACGCCCAGCAGCUGAAACUGGCAAUGAAGGGUCUUGGAACAGAUGAAGAUACUCUGAUUGAGAUCCUUGCCUCCAGAAACAACAGGCAAGUCAUGGACAUAAAGAAGGUCUACAAGGAAGAAUACAAGAAGGAUCUGGAGGAGGAUAUCAGGUCGGACACCAGUGGAGACUUCAGGGCUGCCCUCCUUGCUCUUUGCAAGGCCGGCAGGACUGAAGGAGUCAGCGAGCAGCUGAUCGACAGCGAUGCCAGGACUCUGUACGAGGCCGGGGAGGGGAGAAAGGGCAAAGACUGCUCCGCCUUCAUCGAAAUCCUGACCACCAGGAGUGCCCAACAUCUCCGCAAAGUGUUUGAUAGGUACUCAAAAUACAGCAAAGUGGAUGUGGCCAAAGCUAUCGACCUGGAGAUGAAGGGAGAUAUAGAAAACUGUCUCACAGCGAUAGUGAAAUGUGCUGGAAGCAGGCCGGCGUUCUUUGCAGAGAAGCUGUACCUGGCAAUGAAGGGUAAAGGUACCCGCAAACACAUCCUGACUCGCAUCAUGGUGAGCCGCUCUGAGUUGGAUAUGAAGCGGAUCAAGGAUGAGUACAAGAAGAACUAUGGCAAAACACUCUACCAGGACAUUCUGGACGACACAAAAGGAGACUAUGAGAAGAUCCUGCUUGCUCUAUGCGGAAGUGAAAACUAAAACCCUGUCUCUGGGACCAAAGUACAAAAAGCCAAGGAUCGACCAUGAUGUUCAGCAGCUGUGGAAAAUACCUUCUUUUCUUUUUUUUUUACCUGUAUGGUGCCCUAUGCACUCGUGGAGGUCUGAGAAGAUGUCUCUGCGACUGUAUUGACAUUUAAUCAUAAGCGAAAGAUUUAAACGAAGUUGUCAUUGCUUCAGCAAACAUAUCCCCCUGUAUUUUUGUUUUAUGGCAGCAUAGAUAGCACAUUGUGCUUCUGUACCCAUGCUUUAGACCGACUUAGCUUUGCAUUUCUUUCCAGAAGUCCAAAAAGCUUAGGUCCAGUAUUCUAGAUUGGUUGAUGUAUACAAAUGAAAUCGUGCCAAUCAUUUAGUUGUAGUAAAAUACUUGAAGGAACAAUAACAUCUGCAAAUAAAUGCUUUUUUUAUUGAAGAACAUUC